AUGCAUGACCUCGAAAAGUCAAGAGAUGAAGAAGGGUCUGGAAGUCCGUCCCCUGGACUCCUUACGCCUCAAGAUGGAUCAGCCGAGUCCAAGUCUACCUCUAGUCCAUUCCAAGCCAUCGUUUGGAUGGUCGUUAACACGCUGGCCACACAUCGUCUACAGGUUUUCACCAACAAGGCCAUCUUUUCGGAGCCCCGGUGGAGGCAGUGCCAGCUCACCUUUGCUGCCAUGCAUUUCCUCAUGACCUGGCUCACGCUUUUCGUGCUGUCCCGAUCACCGAUUGGCGUCUUCGUGCCUCGUCCAGCUCUCGUCCGGCACGUCAUGCCCCUGGCUACGGCAAUGUGCUUCAACGUCAUUCUUCCAAACCUGUCUUUAGCCUACUCAACUGUUACGUUCUACCAGAUCGCUCGAAUACUGCUUACACCGACGGUUGCCAUAAUGAAUUUCGUCCUAUAUCGCGAAGUGCUUCCUAGAAGUGCUAUACUAUCGUUGAUACCAGCUUGUCUGGGAGUAGGCAUGGUCACGUACUACGAUUCUCUUCCAGCAGAUGAUCAAGCCAUUAAAACUACUUCCACAUUGGGUAUCGUAUUUGCCUUCACUGGCAUCUUUGCCUCGUCACUCUAUACAGUCUGGAUUGCCGCCUAUCACAGAAAGCUCAACAUGAACAGCAUGCAGCUCCUCUACGUCCAAGCACCAAUGGCGUGCUGUCUUCUUCUCCUCUCUAUCCCUUUCUUUGAUCAAUUUCUUCUACCAACACAUGUGCCGUCUUCUUUGAGCAAAGAGAUGCUCGUCAUCGCAUCAAUGGUGUUUGCUUCACUCGUCAACAUCUCUCAAUUCUACAUUGUGGCGCAGACCGGCCCCGUCUCCAGCACAGUUGUCGGCCACAUCAAAACUUGCACCAUCGUGGGCCUAGGAUGGAUCUUGUCUGGCCGUCCGAUUAGCGAUAGAUCGGCGCUUGGAGUCGUGAUUGCGAUAACAGGCAUCGCCAUGUAA